AUGGGCCUGCUAAUGGAUGAAAACCAUCCGGACUGCCCAAAAUGGAAGAAGACACCUCGACAAUGGAGUAGAUACAUCCAUGGCGCUUCCGCAAUCUUUGCUUGGCAUAUAGCUCAGGGUGAAAAAGUCACGGUGCUUUCACCUCCUCCACCAGAACGGUUCCACCCCUCGGGCCUCUCAAGCUACCAAGUGAUAGAAGAACCCAUUAUUAAAGGUCUGAUCUGUCAAAGCGCUGUGCACCAAAUUCUGAUGGCCCAUCCAACGGUGACCGAAAGCGAAGAUUUCCUAUACGAGGCAUGGCCUGAAGACCAAAGCUCCCUUUGGCUUGCAAGAUUCGGAUCAAGAGACACCAAAAUAAAGUGGAGGGAUACAGGGCACGGUGCAGAUAAACUACGAUUGAAGCAGAUUAAGGCUAUCAAGAAGUUCAAAGAAGCAGUAAAAGCAUGGGCAGAGGCACAAAAACCAGCCGCAAGAAAGCUCGAAGCUGAAAGGAAGGCUCAGGUGAAGGCACAAGAAAAGACUAAACAGAAGCGUAAGGAAGAGCAGAAAGCACAAGCAAAGGCGCAAGAGCUCAAAGCUGAAAGGGAAAGGAAAGCCAAGGCAAAGGAAAAAGAGGUAGCCACACAAAAGCUCAAGCAGGAAGAGAAAGAACAAGCAAAGGUGCAAAAGGCGGCUGCUCAAAAUCUCAAAGCUGAAAGGAAGGCUCAGGUAAAGGCACAAGAGAAGAUUAGACAGAAGCGCAAGGAAGAGCAGAAAGCACAAGCAAAGGCACAAGAGCUUGAAGUUAAAAGGAAGGCUCAGGUGAAGGCACAAGAAAAGAYUAAACAGAAGCGYAAGGAAGAGCAGAAAGCACAAGCAAAGGCGCAAGAGCUCAAAGCUGAAAGGGAAAGGAAAGCCAAGGCAAAGGAAAAAGAGGUAGCCACACAAAAGCUCAAGCAGGAACAGAAAGAACAAGCAAAGGUGCAAAAGGCGGCUGCUCAAAAGCUCAAGGCACAAAAGGAAGCCCAAGCGAACAAGAACAAGGCCAGAAAAACAGUAGAGGCAACAAAGAAGGCGAAGGCGAAGAUACAAGAGUGGGCUAGCGGGAAAACAUGA